AUGUGCAAACGACUAUGGGUUAUGUUCGCUGGCUGUAGGGAUAUACGUACUUCUGAACGCCGCUGUGUGCGAAACCCGGUAGAGAAACCGCUAGAACAUUGCGAUACUCGCCGUUACGAUCACGACCCAACGAUGAUGUUCUUGCCAGGAAGAUGUUUUGAAUGGGAAGUAAAGGAUGAUAGCGGUGUGAUGAUGUCAGAACAUACAUGGAUUGUGUGCAGUGACAAUUGGUAUCGUGAAGGUAUACCAUCUGUCGUAGAUGGUACCGCACCAGUAGCGAUUCGUUCCAGCAGCCUUUCACAUCCCACUGCCCGGCAGAUGGAUAAUUCGCUCCAAGAAGAAAUUGUUCAGAGAGAUCGUGGACAGGACGCACAGAAGAUCGAAGCUCCAAAAGCAAGAUAUAUAGGAUCUUUCGAGCGGGAAAUAAUCGUUGCAGGAAUCAACAGCUUACCUACACACAUCUUUCAAGAAGUAUGCAAUAUGAUGCUACAAGAUCAACCAGAUGUGGAAAUCGAUCGAGACGGUAUCAUGAGAUUAGACAUGGCAUUGGUUCCACAACACAUCCUUCGGAUAAUGUACGAAGCCAUCCAGCAACAUCUUCCAGAGGUUGAGGCUAGUGUUGGAGAGGCACAUCAAAACAAGAAUGAUAAUUACAGCAUCGAGAAAGCUAUCAAUGAAGUAGAAGAUGGCAUAUCUGGUGGUAUUGAGCGUGGAAGAGGCUCCGUGUCCGCACACAACUCUCGUUCCAAGUACCUUGUAUGGGUACAUCCACAGAUUAGCGUUUUGUUCAGAGUACUUGGGGCGGAAGAAACCUGUAUCGAUGAUGCUCUCAUAGAUAACUGA